AUUUUCGAGUUCAAUUUCCCUUUUUAUUCGCAUUUAGAAACUUUCUCCGACAAAAAUAAGUUCAAAAACUCAAAAUUUUUGUUAAAAUUUUAUUCAAUUUUAAAUUUAACCAUUCAAAAUGAAGUUCUAUCCGGAUGCAGACGUUUGGUUCUAUGUGGACAAGCCCAGCUGUAUGACCAGCUACCAGAAGUACCCGCCGAAUCACAGCUGGAAGAUUCAGGACAAGACCACAUCGCGGAAUAUGUACUACUGGCGUGACAUCGAAGGCGUGAAGAAGAAGCAGAUCAAGCUGAGUGACCUGUACUUCAAAAAUUGGCCAAAAAGUCGCAUUCGACCGCAAGCCUGCUUGGGAUUGCUCUAUGCCACUGGCAACCGAUUCAUCCGCCUGACCCAGGCUCCACCAUCCGGCUUCAAGUGCGCACCGUUGCCCGUCAAUUUGGCUACAGCCCGGAUUGUUAAAGUGGAGCUGCGCAAGAAGGCCAAGCGUGAAAGAUUGGCAGCUAAAAAGGCUAAAAGGGAGGCAAAGAAGGCCAAGAAAGCCGCCAAAAAGGGGAAAGGAAAGGGUGGCAAAGGCGACGACCUCAAGCCUAAGGUCAUUCGAACCUAUAAAGACGCCGAAAAAGCAUAAAAACAUUAACUAUAAAUAUAUUGUAAAGUGUUCUAAAUUUAAAAAAUGUUUAAUAAGUUUUUAUGAUCUUC